GUAACCGGGAUCUUGGUAGCCGGUGUUUCCACAUUUCUUCACUCGCUCGUUCUAGGGUUUAACACUCCGUCUCUCCGCUCGGGCCAUCUUCUUCUAACCGGAGAACCUUGCGAAUUGCAUCGCGCAUCUCCUACGGGCAGAGCCUUCGAAAAUGGUGUUCCAAAUGCAGCCCUACGGCAUCCAAGGGUUGCUCAAAGAAGGGCACAAGCAUCUUUCUGGGCUGGAUGAGGCCGUGCUCAAGAAUAUCGAUGCCUGCAAGCAGCUAUCUUUUAUCACUCGCACUUCCCUUGGUCCCAACGGCAUGAACAAGAUGGUGAUCAACCAUCUUGACAAGCUCUUCGUUACAAAUGAUGCUGCCACUAUUGUAAAUGAGCUUGAAGUACAGCAUCCUGCUGCUAAGAUAUUGGUGUUGGCAGGCAAAGCUCAACAAGAGGAGAUUGGAGAUGGGGCUAAUCUCACAAUAUCCUUUGCCGGGGAAAUCCUCCAAAAUGCAGAAGAGCUCAUCAGGAUGGGGCUCCAUCCUAGUGAAAUUAUAAGCGGAUAUACAAAAGCCAUCAACAAGACGCUAGAGAUUCUCGAUGAAUUGGUGGAGAAAGGAUCGGAAACUAUGGAUGUUAGGAAUAAGGAUGAAGUUAUUUAUAGGAUGAAAGCUGCAGUUGCCAGCAAACAAUUUGGGCAAGAGGAUAUUUUAUCCUCUCUAAUUGCGGACGCUUGUAUUCAAGUUUGUCCAAAGAAUCCUGCAAAUUUCAAUGUGGAUAAUGUGAGAGUUGCAAAACUUGUUGGCGGUGGUUUACAAAAUUGCUCAGUUGUACGUGGAAUGGUCUUGAAAAAUGAUGCCAUUGGCAGCAUAAAAAAAAUAGAAAAGGCCAAGAUUGCUGUAUUUGUGGGAGGUGUUGAUACAUCUGCAACGGAAACAAAGGGAACUGUUCUCAUUCAAAGUGCUGAGCAGCUAGAAAACUAUUCAAAAACUGAAGAAGCAAAAGUUGAGGAGCUCAUUAAAGCUGUUGCAGACUCUGGUGCCAAGGUGGUUGUUAGUGGGGCUGCUGUAGGAGAGAUGGCCUUGCAUUUCUGUGAACGUUACAAACUCAUGGUUCUAAAAAUCAGUUCAAAAUUUGAGUUGAGGAGGUUUUGUCGCACAACUGGUGCUAUAGCUAUUCUAAAACUUAGCCAACCAAAUCCUGAUGACCUGGGCUAUGCUGACUCCAUCUCAGUUGAAGAAAUCGGUGGUGUUCGGGUGACCAUUGUGAAGAAUGAAGAAGGUGGAAACUCAGUAGCUACCGUUGUUUUACGUGGAAGCACAGACAGUAUUCUCGAUGACCUUGAAAGGGCUGUUGAUGAUGGUGUUAAUACAUAUAAGGCUAUGUGUAGGGAUAGUCGUAUCCUUCCCGGGGCUGCAGCAACUGAAAUAGAAUUAGCAAGAAAGUUGAAGGAGUUCUCCUUUAAGGAAACUGGGUUGGAUCAAUAUGCUAUUGCGAAGUUUGCAGAGAGCUUUGAAAUGGUUCCGAGAAUCUUGGCUGAAAAUGCAGGGCUCAAUGCAAUGGAAAUAAUUUCUUUGCUGUAUGCUGAACAUGCAGCUGGAAACACCAAAGUGGGAAUCGACUUGGAGGAAGGUGUUUGUAAGGAUGUAUCUGCUCUCAAAAUUUGGGAUCUUUAUGUGACAAAGUUUUUCGCUCUCAAGUAUGCUGCUGAUGCUGCUUGUACUGUUCUGCGAGUUGAUCAGAUUAUAAUGGCUAAGCCAGCUGGUGGACCAAAGAGAGAUCAGCCUGCAGGCAUGGAUGAGGACUAGGUUUUUUUUUUGGUGCCUUCAAACUGUUUCCUAUUUCUAAGCUCUUGUGUUUGUUGGCUGAAUCCCCCACUCUUCAUAGAAAAAUUUUGUUUACAGAGGAAGUGGAGAACUUUGGAUGUUUUCUUUUAUGUAUCAUCUUCAUCCUUUCUGUUGAGUUGAAAUUGUUAAUUUAAGUUAA